AUGGCCGCGCAGAAUUCCAAGGUUGGAGGCAGAGCCGCACCGAUGCCUGCAGAGUCUUCGAGCACCAGUAACCAACUUGACAAGACGACUUCAGCAGUGCCGACCCCCAAUAUAUCGACGUCCGCAGUUCCCGAAGUCAACAAGCCCGCUUCUGAGGUACACCCAGACAACAGACACCUUGAGCACCGUGCUCCUGGUACAUAUGAUCCUUGGUAUGAAAAGUAUGGGUGGAAAGGCUUCCUGGACUGGAACAUUCUCAGAGAAGAUGUGCCAGCGGAUCGCUGGAUUCUGGGCUCUGCAUGGCCGGGUCUUCCCCAAUUCUCUCCAAGAAGCGAAGCUCGAAGCAUGGCUCAGAACAAGAACCUUCUUGCAAACCCUCCGAAGAGGGUCAUGUCGCCCCGAUCACAACGCCGGAAAAAUGAGAGAAUAGCCAUCUUCGAGACACGUGCUCAACGAGAUGCUCGAUUGGAACGUCUGGCGCAGAAUGAAGAUUCUAUUCCGCAAGAGCCGACAAGCGCGGCCGUCGACGAUCAAAAGAGACUCAUCCAGGGAGAUAGAGCAACAACGGAGCUCCGAGCUGAAGUUGGCGCCUACGCGAAAGAAUUCCUGGGAAAAGAAGAACAACUUCAUCAAGUCCACAAAGGGGAACCUACUAGCAGCAUGCCGAAUAAAGAGAUUGAGAAAGACAAGGAAAGCAAAGGGCUUGGUUCAGACUUUGUGGUCCGAGAGGAGAAGCAAACUCUGCCUAUCCGAAAACCAGCCGAAGGAUCUUUAGCUUCUUCGACAGGUCCAGCAUCAGCCACUCGACCCAAUAGGGAAAUUCCCAGUACGGUAGCACAGCCAUCGAGUUCUGCAGCCACUGCAGGACAACUUGGCCAUCAGCUAGAGCAAGGCUCUCACCACCGCCAGAAGUCUUCUCUGAGUGCCGCAGCGCCCGUGUUUCACAGCCAGAGAUUCAUCAAAUCACCUGGUACAGCGGCGUCUUUGGCAUACUCUACUACCCCAGUGUCUUACCAACAGCCAAUCCCGUCUUUAGGCAACCGGAAUCAACCGCUCAGGCCUUUUAUCGGGCAAGACAACGCCCUCCGUCCGAUCAAUAGCGGUUGGUGGCCCAAGGAUACGCGCAGCCGGAAGCAGAAGAGAGCCGCGCUCCAUCAGCAACAACGUAGUCAGGCUCAAAAUGGUGCCCCAAAUUCUGCUCAGACACCAUCCCAGCCUCUGCCGAGAGCGACAGCUGCACCAUGCGUCCCUCCAAUCCGAGAGGCCGAACAAAAUACUAGCUCCGCCGCUGUACCUCCUAGCAGUGGUGCUUCUAACCCAACGGCAACGGCACCACGCCCAGCAGCCGGACUGCCAACCCCAACGGCCCCUCCCACGACCCAUCAGCCCAUGGGAUCUUUUUCUCUGGCCACCCCGCCCCCUCGAUCCGUCAUAGCCGCAUCUGCAUCCACAAAUCUAGGCAGAGGGCGAGGACGUGGAAUCGGCAGCGGCACCGGCAGAGGCAUUCCCUCGUCACAGGCUGGCAACGGAACGCGUGCACCGGCACCUGCGCCCGUGCAAUCGGACCGCAGACCCUGGCGAAGAAACUCGUACGUCAGUUCGAGGAACGCAUACCACGACCAGCUGCGACGUAAUAGGCAGAUUCGACAUGGGAAGGAGGAAGAUGGGGAUGGGGGUGCUGCACGAAGGGAGCAGGGCGAUGAAGGCGGUUCGGGGAGGGAUGGCGCGGCGCAGCAGCAGCAGCAAUACAUAAGGAGAUAG